AAAUUUAGACCCAUUACAAAAAAAACCCAAGAGUCAAAAAAAAUAAAAAGAAAAACGGGAGCAUCGUUCUGCUCUGCAAUCUCUCAAUUUAGGGUUCCGUUUCCGACUCCGACUCAGAGCUUGAACUAGAUUCCGUCUCUCCUCGUGCAGCCUUCAUUUAUGUCCCCUUCAAGGUCACUCCAAAUCGAUCCCGGAUUCGUCUAAUUCCUCCGUCCUUCAAUUGAUCAAUUCGUGUUAUAGGGUUCUUUCUCCAUCAAUUAUGUUCAUAUCUUCUUCUUCCUUUAUGCCUUGCGUCGGAAUUUCCCAAAAUCUCCGUGUCUUUGGCCCUGGUUUGAAUCCGUUUGCUCCUUAUUGCGUUGCUCAUCACUCCAUCACUUCUCGCUAAUUCCCUCUCUCUCUCUCUCUCUCUCUCUUUCUCUCUCUCUUGUGUUUUCAAUAUCUAUCAUGUAAAUCACCCAUUGCCGGUUGUCGUUGUCGUUGGUGUUCUUCUUCCAGGGACUUUGCUUUUCAGAUUCUUCUCCACGAAUUUGUUAUCGUUUGUCAAUUCUGGUGAAAUUCGAGAGUUUUGGAGAAACAUGUAAUUGGGUGUUUUAUCAAUACUGGUGAAAGGGGCGUUUUUUUUUUUUUUUCUUGUUUGUAUUCGGGUUUUGGUUGAGUUUUAGAACCUGGGUAUUGGUGUUUUGGUGAAUAAGCGGGAAAGUAUGCCCCAAGAGCAGCCUUUACGGAGAACCUUGUCCAGAAAACGGUCCAUGAGAUGUGGGGUUGAUACGGAUGAUAGAGGUUGGACUCUGCUUCACAUAGGAGCAAGAAAAGGUGAUCUCAAAG